UCGGGAUACGGACUUCGGGGCGAGCGAGCGAGAGGGUCGCGUGAGGCGGCGGUUCGCGAUGGCUGACGAGAUCAGCAAAGCGCAGGUGGCGCAGCCGGGAGGGGACACCAUCUUCGGGAAGAUCAUCCGCAAAGAGAUCCCGGCGAAGAUCAUCUUCGAGGACGAGAAGUGCCUUGCAUUCCACGACGUUUCCCCACAAGCUCCAACCCAUUUCCUAGUAGUUCCCAAGAAGCCUAUUGCUCAGGUAUCUCAAGCGCAAGAUUCUGAUGAAGCUCUUCUCGGACACUUAAUGAUUGUGGGCAAGAAAUGUGCAGCUGAAUUAGGCUUGACGAGGGGAUACCGAAUGGUGGUGAACGAAGGGCCAGAUGGCGGCCAGUCUGUCUACCAUGUGCAUCUCCAUGUCCUCGGUGGCCGUCAGAUGGGUUGGCCUCCAGGUUAAGAAGGUGGGAAGAAAG